UCAAUCAAUUCCAAUGUUUUGUAUUUUAUCAGUAAUUUCUUAUUAUAUUUUGUGAAUAAAAAGUAAACGAUACUAUUAUGAUAUUUAUUAAUACAUAAGAAACAAUUGAAUGUACAAUAUGAGCUUAUUUUUUACCUAAUUCAAAAGUAUGCAAGCAAUUUAACAAUAAAUAAUAGGUUUAUUAAUCAUUUUAUUAUUAAAAAUGAGUGCCAAAAAAGGAAAAGGUCCAGUUUUCGAUCCGGGCCUUUGCCGCUGUUGUGGAGCAAUUAAAAAAUGUAGAAUUUUAAAUGUAGAAUACGAGAGCUUUGGUAAAAAGGAAGUAUAUUCUGACAUGAUUAUGGAUUGCUUUGGACUACUCCUUUCCCAUUUAGACGGCAAGCCAUCAGAACGUCUUGUGUGCGCUACGUGUGUACAGAGAUUGAGAGAGGCAUUCUUAUUUAGGCAGCAAGUGCUAAGAUGUGAAGAGGCAUUUUUGCAAGUGAAGAUGUACGAUGAAGAGACCAAAGAGAAAAGUACAAAACCGGAGACCGCUGACGAGAAAAUCGAAGUAGAAGUCAAAACUGAGCCUCAAGAGGAUGACAAUAAUGUUCAAGAUUCACCACCGAGAGACGCACUGGCUGAUGACAUGAACUACGAUAUCAAACCAGAAGCAAUGGCUCAGGACUCCUCAAACGACGACAUACCCUUACAGCAGAUAGCUGAUCGACCCAAUAAAGUUCAGAAGACUGACCUCGUCCAGCCAAAUGGAGACAUCACGAGAAAUGUUGCUGAAAAACCAAAGAUACCGAUGUCGAAGUUACAGCAACGCAUGCGCGAACGAGACCCCUCCUACAUAACUGAGACGAACAUACUCACAAUAGUGGAAUUCUCGUACGUGUGCCCCUUCAAGUGCCGGCACAACCACCUCCUGUGCUUCUACUGCGGAGAGAACUUCUCCGACCCUGAACUGCUGAGGAGUCAUACACUGCACAACCACCAUCCGAAGAAGUUCAAGAUAACGGAACACAAGAACAUGCUCAAGAUAGACCUGACCAGAAUCGAUUGUAGAUUAUGCCCAGAACAGAUAACGACCUUGGACGAUUUCCGACAUCACAUAUCAAGUGUUCACAAGAAGAAAUACUACUUCAAUAACCGUGACUUGCUUCUUCCGUUUCGUCUGUGCAAUAACGAGUUCAAGUGCGCGCUCUGUGAUUGUGUGUUCCCGUAUUUUCAUGCCCUGAACAAACAUAUGAACGAACAUUUCAGUAAUUAUGUGUGUGAGACGUGCGGCCUCGGGUUUGUGGAUCGCGGUAGGUUUAUAAUGCACCAACAGCGACACGAAGAAGGGGACUUCCCCUGUGAAGUGUGCGGGAAAGUGUUCAAGGCUCAAUAUAAUAAGGAAUUACACGUGGACAGGGUUCAUAAGAAGAGAGGCAGGGUCUACUGUCCAAAAUGUGACGUGAGGCUGAUGACGUAUCCACAGAAGUUGAAACACUUGGUCGAAGUUCAUGGCGAGGAGCCGCUGUCCUUUCCGUGUAACUUGUGUGACAAAGUUUGCGAAACGAGAAGGAAAUUGACAAUCCACAGGCGAAAAGAACAUUUGAAAGAUUACAGAUACGAAUGUCAAUGUUGCGGUCAGAAAUUCUUCACGCGUUUCGCGCUCACCAACCACAUGCCGACACACACGGGCGAGAGGAACUUCAAGUGCAAGGUUUGCGAGAAAACCUACCCUCGGCUGAAGACCCUUAAGGACCAUAUUCGAAUACACACGAACGACAGACGCUACAGAUGCCAUAUAUGCGGACAGGCCUUCAUACAGAACUGCAGUCUAAAGGGGCACAUGAAGAGCCAGCAUCCCGAAUAUAGUUAAUAUCAUG